AUGACCAAUCCAGUAAAUGUUUGGGAACAGACUUGGAAGAUUCUUGCGAUUGGCAUUGUGUAUGAGUUGAGGAAACUACAUAACAAUUCAGAAUUCGAAGUGGAGGAUAAUAGAUUCAAAUAUCUUUGCAUGUUGGAAAUUGAGAAAGUGCUUUUAGCUAAUGGGAAAUCGUUGAAGGCCUUCCACGUGCAAGGUAGCCCUAAGGCUGAGCUACUUCUGGCAGCAAGUCUUAUCAUAUGGGAUGAGGCUCCCAUGGUGAACAAGUAUGCUUUUGAGGCACUUGAUAGGAUGUUAAGAGACAUUAUGAGGUUCCAAGGGUUGGAAAAUUCAGAAAAACCUUUUGGUGGAAAGGUAGUUGUUUUAGGAGGAGAUUUUAGACAAAUACUUCUUGUUAUUCCCAAAGGAAGUAGAGCAAAUAUAGUUAUGUCUACUAUUAACUCCUCUAGGUUGUGGCGAUUCUGUAAGGUCCUUACACUAACUAAAAACAUGAGGUUGUUCUCCAACACAAAUAAUGAAUUUUCGAGUGAUCUUCAUGAGUUUGCUCAAUGGGUACUUGACAUUGGUGAUGGAAACUUGGGAGAUCAUGAUGAUGGUGAGUCCAAUGUCUUGGUUGCUGAAGACUUGGUUCUUAAUCAAUCUUCUAAUCCAAUUGCUGAUAUUGUUUAUUCCACGUAUCCCAACAUAAUUGAGAAUAUCCACUCUGUCAGAUGA